AUUUCAAGGUUGUUCGGCGGCUCCUUCAAGUCUCGCCGAAUUUUCAAGGUUCUGCAUAAGACACUAAAUGUUACUUUUAAAAUCACUCACCUAAAGCGUCAAAGUAUAGAAUAACCGUCUUUGGGAUUACGCAAAUUUACGAAUUUGGAAUUUUCCGUCACGUAGUAGUCCUAGGAAGCCGUCUAGAUAACGUUCAACAAGUUCUGUUUUGUUCCAAUAUUAGCUUCUAAUGUAUUUUUAUGUUGUAGGUUCUACCCUACCAUUUAUUUGCCUAUUUAGACGUGGUCCAUCACUAAUAUCUGUGGUAUCCUCAUCUUUUUCAUACCCCGUAAGUGGAUAAUUGUCUUGCACCGUGCAAGACAUGAUGAUGGUAUUUUACAACAGAGCUGGCAGUUUACCCACGAAUAUGAAUCAUAUAUAUUAUUAGCUAGUUUUAUGAUAUUAACGUUUUUAUUUGCGUAAGCUGUUUAUCCGAAAGCAGAAACUUAAACGGGUAUGCGGAGACAUGAUCUCUAAACCUUUCAUGGAAUAUUUCUAUUCACAAAACAAAGAAAUAAUGUUAGGGGUUACAUUAUUACGGUAGUUGUUUUCUCGUCAUCCUGAAGCUGGUAUGAGUAAUAAAGACACUGGAAUAUUAAAGUAUCAUGGUAGCACUAGUCAUAGAAAGCUGCAUUAAUAGUGACACAAAAGCUUAUGAGACCAGCUGUAUGAUAAAUGUGGAUGAGAUGUGCUAUUCAGAUCUAAAGAGAAAUGGGAUCAACAGGGUUUAAACUUUCAAUCUUAGAAAUAAUGUCACGAUUUGAACUGCUUUCAACAUCAUUAGACAACUAGACUAGUCUGUGUAUAUCAGACGAGUACUUCUCACUGUUGGCUUCAUUUAUAAUUGUUUUAUUUUUCAGCUGUGAAAACUAAUCUCUUCAUAACAGGAAAUCCUAUGUAAUUGGGUAACCAAUUAAAAUGCCAUUCCAUUAUUACUCAUUUCAAAUUCGUUGUGCGCACUGGUUAUUAGCUCGAAUCAGUCUCUUUCAGUCAGUUUGCCUGUUAUUAUGGUUAGGCGAGCGAGCUUAUCAUGAAACAGAGCCACCUAUACAUCCAUGGAUAGUUUAUACGUAUAUUGGCUCUGGUUUGAUCGCAUCAACUGGAAUAACGAGUCGUUUCUUAACACGUUUAUCAUUAACCAUAAUCCUCUUAAGUCAGUUGUACAUAACAUAUGUGUUUUGUUUAGAAAAACGUUUAGGGUAUUCAAAAUGUAUCCGUGCACGUAUUAGUUUAAGAUGUUUGACUACUAUUGGUGUAUAUUUUCGACUGCUUGGAGUGAAUGGCUAUAAUGAUAAACGAAAACAGACAGAUUCACACAAUAACGAUAACCAGGUUGAUCAAUUACACAAAAUCAAGCCUACUACAAGUGUUUAUGCUUUCGGCUUAACUAUAAUGUCUGUAUCAUUAUGUUUAUUAAGUAUAUUCUGUAUACCUGUAGAAAUAUUCCAACUAGAUAGAGAUAUUCAAUUGACAGAAAUUAAUUCAACAUUAAUUCUAUCAAUGGACAAUUAUAUAUCUAAAUUAUUAAGUCUAAUUUUAGGUAUAUGCUUGUUAACAGCUGGUAUCAUCUACUCAAUUCCUGUAAUUAUACAUGAUCAAUUUCUAUUAAAUAAUACAUUUUCUUAUAAAAAUUAUUUAUUCCAAUUUGCUGAUUAUCUUAUUGGCUUUUCAUUUUUAAUAUUAUCUUUAAUUCGUGAUUGUAAUUUUAAUUAUUGGCAUAUUAAAGGAUGUGAAUUUUGGUUAGAAAUACGUGUACUUCUAGAGAAUAUUACUAUUCUCUUAGGUAUUUUUGUGAUAAAUGAUUUGCUUAUUAACAAUAGUGUGAAUAGCCUAAAUGAGAAAUAUUUAAAAACAUUGAAAGUGAAUAGUAAAUCAUUAAAAAGUCAAUAGAUUUAUGUAAAUAAAAGGAUUUUCCACUUUGUC